CAUCCCCGGCAUGUUAUCCUAUGUGUCCAUCCCCGGCAUGUUCUCCUAUGUGUCCAUCCCCAGCAUGUUUUCCUAUGUGUCCAUCCCCGUAAUGUUCUCCUAUGUGUCCAUCCCCAGCAUGUUCUCCUAUGUGUCCAUCCCCGGCAUGUUCUCCUAUGUGUCCAUCCCCAGCAUGUUAUCCUACGUGUCCAUCCCCAGCAUGUUAUCCUAGGUGUCCAUCCCCAGCAUGUUAUCCUAGGUGUCCAUCCCCAGCAUGUUAUCCUAGGUGUCCAUCCCCAGCAUGUUAUCCUAGGUGUCCAUCCCCAGCAUGUUAUCCUAGGUGUCCAU